AUGAUGUCGGUGUUCUCAGUAUUUCCGGCACUUCGCAGCGUGUGUCCAGCAGUGUCGUAUUUCUGUCAUUUUGUUAUAUUAGUGUGAAAGUGUGUAUCGCAAAUUUAACAGCUUUAAUUUAUGUUCGGAAAUAAAAGAACAUUUGUCUACGUUAGUUUUGUAAUCGAUUGAUGCAAUACUUUUGUGUACUAUUGUGAUAAUAGCUGAACUUUUGAUCACAUUUAGAUGCCAUGACUUUUGAAGACAUGAAGAGUGACUCAGACGAAGAAGGUGAUAAAUCAAGAAGUGCUAGUCCUGACUCACAAAGGUCAGCUAGUGUAGCAAGGAGCAGAUCGAGAUCAAAAUCAAAUUCUGCCAGUCCCAAAUCCUCACCAGCCAGGUCCAAUCCAUCGUCUCCUGUACGGAAUGGAUCACCAGCUUCUGUUCAUUCCAAUGCUAGUUCCAGGAAAUCUUAUUCUAGAACACCAUCCAGAUCGCCAUCGCCAAGUAGAUCAGUUUCUCCAUCAAAUGCAAAACAAGGACGAUCUAGAUCAAGCUCUAAAUCUGGGUACAGAAGAAGUACGUCGAGAUCACGUUCCAAGUCUCAUUCGCCGGCACCUACGGAGAAAGAUAUAAGAAAUAGCUCGCAAUCGCCACACUCGCAUCGCUCUGUAAAGUCAGGCUCAAGAUCCCGAAGUUCUUCUCCAUCCGGAUCUAGGAGAAGUUCUCGCGCAGCAUCGAGGAAUAACUCGCGUUCCCGAUCCCGAUCAACUUCAGUGAAGCUCGAUAACUCUCCAUCCAAAGAUACUUCGCCAAAAACAAAUUUUCGGUCGCCCUCAAGGUCUCCCUCGCCGCAGGCUGUCUCCAAAUCACGAUCUCGCUCAAGAUCACGAUCUCGGUCAAAAUCACGUUCUCAUUCGAGAUCACGUUCUCGAUCCCGUUCUGGCUCCCCGAAAGAAACUAUUCGCUCACCUUCUCCACCUGGUACCCCCAAGUCUUCCCACACAAGAUCCAGAUCUAGAUCUAGAUCAGGAUCGGCUAGCCUGAAAAUUAAAGGUGGCUCAAGGUCAAGAUCGAGAUCUCCGUCCGGAUCGAGAAAAGGUUCUCCUUCACCUCCGGCAUCGCCAAGUGGAUCGCCAGCUCGACAAUCACGUUCAAGAUCGAAAUCACGCUCGAGAUCCAAAUCAGGCUCUGCGAAAGGCUCUCCCGAAUCAAGGAAGAGUUCCCGUUCCAGGUCUCGUUCCAAUUCGGUGGAAAGAAAAUCUAAAUCAAGAUCUAGAUCGAGAUCUGGCUCCGGAUCUAGGAAACAAUCGAGAUCACCCUCGGCGGAAGGACGAGUUUUAUCACGUUCGAAGUCCAGAUCAAAAUCUAGAUCGGUAUCGGGUUCGAGGAAAGGCUCACGCUCAAGAUCGCGAUCCAGAUCACGCAAAUCCGGGUCAAGAUCUAAAUCAAGAUCCGUGUCAAGGUCGCGUAAAGGUUCCGCAUCUCCGGCGCACUCGGGAAGGAAUUCACGUUCCAGAUCCCGAUCCAGCUCGCGUUCCAGUAAAUCGAAGUCCCGUUCCGGCUCAAGGGCGUCUCGCUCAAGAUCUCGUUCUGGAUCUAGGAAAUCCGUUUCGAGGUCAAGAUCACGUUCGAGAUCGAAAUCUGGCUCAAGAUCACGUUCACCUUCACGCUCAAGAUCAAGGUCGGGUUCUAGGUCGAAAUCGAGGUCGAGGUCGAGGUCGAAGUCAAAAUCACGCUCAAAGUCAAGAUCACGCUCGAGAUCACGAUCAGGUUCGGCGGUCAGACAUUCGUCGCGUUCUAAAUCGCGAUCUAGAUCGAGAUCUAGAUCAGUCUCUGGCUCGAGAAAAUCCAGAAGCCCUAGCAGGGAUUCGGAGGGCGCCGUCAGGAAACGAAAUAGAGUACUAUCAGACUCUGAAGAAGAUGAUGAAGGAAAUAAAACUAAAAAACGGUCGAGGCACGGAUUAUCAGAUUCUGAACACGAGGAUCGGGAAGAUGAAGACAGGAAGAAAAAAGAUGACGCACAUCACGAGGGAGAAGAUGAAGAUCAGGAACGUAAACAAUUGGAUGAUGAAACUGAAGUUAAUGAACAACAGGAUAAUGCAGAUUCCGAUGAUGGCAUUAUUCCAGAUGGUGGAAUGAGCAGCAGAUAUUUGGAUGAUUCGAUGUCCGAUUUCGAUCGCAUGUUGGCGCGGAAAAAAGAGGAACAAUCUCGAAGACGUAAGCGCAAAGACAUCGAUAUCAUUAACGAUAACGAUGAUAUCAUAGCGCAACUGUUGUCUGAUAUGAGAGGUGCGGCUGAUGAAGAUAGAAAAUUAAAUCAGCAAAAUAAACCAGCCACAAAUAAAAUCGCCAUGUUACCGAAAGUAUUGUCGCAGUUGAAGAAGCAUGAUUUGCAAUUGGCCUUUUUGGAGCACAAUGUACUGUCCGUUCUUACAGAUUGGUUAGCACCGAUGCCUGACCGAUCGUUACCAUCUCUCAAGAUUAGAGACAAUCUUCUGAAGCUCUUAUGGGAGUUCCCAAAAAUCGAUCAGAUUUCGCUGAAACAGUCUGGCAUCGGAAAAGCCGUGAUGUAUCUUUACAAGCAUCCGAAGGAAACAAAAGAGAACAAAGAGCGUGCUGGCAAGUUGAUCAGCGAAUGGGCCCGACCUAUUUUUAAUUUGUCUACCGAUUUUAAAACGUUGUCCAAAGAGGAGAGGUUACAAAGGGAUCUAGAACAAAGACCUCAGAAGAAAAGGAAAACCGACGACGCGGGAUCUUCCCAAAAGUCACAAGAUAUCAAUAAAGCCUUAAAGGGAGAUGCUAAACCACUGAGACCAGGAGAUCCUGGAUGGGUAGGCAGAGCUCGAGUUCCUAGACCAUCUGAUAGAGAUUACGUCGUACGACCCGACUGGAAAACGGAUAUUGAUAUCACUAGAAGCACAAAGAAGCCGUUGAGCCGAUUCGAGAGACACAUGAAGAACUAUAUGGACAGCAAACGAAUGAAAUCAGCCAGGAGAGCAGUGCAUAUAUCUAUAGAGGGUCGCAAGAUGUCUCUAUAAUGUUUUCCUUACACCUUACACAUAUAGAGAGGAAAUAUUGAAAUAUAACUUUUAACAAUGUCCAUUAUCUUUCGAUUUACACGAUUGCACAGAGGCAAUAUAGUGCAAUUGAUUUAGUACAUGUUUCUUGCGUUGCGAUUGCGUAUUUACCUAAUACGAAACAAAUUAAUUUUUGCAGGAAACGUUUUUAGAAACGUUUUCUAUGGAAAAUUAUUCGCAAUCAUUGACACUAUCGUAUGGAUAACACAAAGAAUUUAAUGUGGUAUGUUUAAGAAAUUGUUUUAAUUAAUUCCUAUGAGUGACAGAACAGCGAAUAGUUAUAUUAAAAAUAUCUAUUGAAUAAAGUAUUUUUUAUUUUUAGCUUA